AGUGUCUGUGUUGUGAUAUAACGGUUGGAAUUAGUAUCGCUUUCAGUGAACUCCGUGCUGAUUUUCAGGACAUGUCACAUCCUUAUACGGUUUAAGUGAGGGGUGGUUGUCUGGUGUCAUGGUGGCCCCAGUGCGGGUGACUGGCCGCGCGGCCGUGCACGUCACCUAAGCAGCACGCGCGCUCGGAGCUGCCCCGCCAUCAUGCCGGCGCCGCUCGUCGUCUAUGUCACCUCUAUCGCGUUCCUAUGGCUAUGUGUAAAAGCGGACGACACGCUGCCGGCGGCGGGCGGUCGUCUCGCCAACGUGACGGCCGAGCCGCCCGACCUGCGUUCGCCCAUGGGCCGCGUGCCGCAGUACCAGCCACCUGCCAUCGGCGUCGGAGCCAUGGUCCCGCCGCAGUCCUUCUGGCCACGCAGCCCUUAUACCCGCGUCGAGACCUGGCACCAUCGCCCUGCGUUUAAGAACAUGCACACCGUAUCGCACGGCUCGGAAGAUGACAUCGGUCAUGAGGAGGAAGGCGACUGUCAUCAACCGUGUCCCAAGCAACACUUCUCAUGCCAGAUAUCCUGCACCUGCAUACCAAUGGACAAGCGCUGCGAUGGUAAGGUGGAAUGCGCUGAAGCAGAGGAUGAGAAAGGUUGCCUCCCAGCCUGUGACGAGACGCGAAACCGGACGUUGUGCCACAGCACCAACGUGUGCAUCAAGGUCGAGUGGUUGUGCGACGGAGAUAAUGACUGUGGCGACUUCUCUGAUGAAACCCAUUGUGGUGGUACUGUUAACUGCUCAGCUGAGCAGUUCCAGUGCGCCAACGGGCUCUGCAUCCACAAGGACUGGGUGUGCGACGGUGAUAACGACUGCCGCGACAACUCCGAUGAAACCAACUGCACGAAGGGCAAAUGCCGUGACAACCAGUUCAUGUGUGCAAUUGGUGAGUGCAUCUCGGAGCAUUGGCGAUGCGACAAGGAGGCUGACUGCCCUGAUAGCUCUGAUGAAGCUGACUGCCCUGUGGACAUGAUGCGAUGCAGCGAGAACGAGUUCCAGUGCGACAACAAGAAGUGCAUCCGCAAAGACUUCCAAUGCGACGGUGACAACGACUGCGGUGACUGGACUGACGAGGACUCCUGUCCUAUGCUACCAGGCAACUGCAAUGCUGGCGAGUUUAGAUGCAGCGACGGAAAAUGCAUUCCUGACCGCUGGAGAUGUGAUGUUAAGAGGGACUGUGCUGACAACGGUGAUGAACUGAACUGCGAACCAAACGCAAUGCGAAACUGUACCGAGGAUGAGUACACCUGUGCUGAUCGGCAAUGCAUUCUGAAAACUUGGCUUUGCGAUGCCGUCCGCGACUGCUCAAAUGGAGAAGACGAAAUGAACUGCGAGGUGCGCUGCGAAGAAGACCAAUAUACCUGCAAAACACAAGACCAUCUCAUCAGCUCAGUGUUCCGGAACUGUGUGAACAGGAAACAUGUCUGCGACGGCAUGAAGGAUUGCCCCGAGGGAGAUGAUGAGGAGAAAUGCCCAGUAAAGAGGAUUUGCAAUCCGGAUGACAAGUGUGAACCUGAUAUGUGUAUGACUACGUAUGAAGGCAUCGAUGUUUGCACUUGUCCAUUGGGUUUCCUGCUAAGCCAUAACAAUCACAGUUGCCGGGACAUCGACGAGUGCAUGUACGAACAAGACCCAGUGUGCUCUCAGACCUGUUCAAAUACAGUCGGCAGUUUCAAAUGCGGCUGCAUGACUGGAUAUGUGCUGAGACCUGAUGGGAGAUCUUGUAAGCCAACUGGCGAGUCACCAACGUUAUUGUUUUCAAACCGCGUUGGUAUAAGACAGGUUUGGCUCACUGGCGACAACUAUAUGCCGGUUGUGAAAGGCCUUCAUGAUGCAGUCGCUUUGGACUAUCAUUACGAAAAGCAGCUUGUUUUCUGGUCUGAAAACAACCUGAAGGUUAUAAGAGUGGCUCAAUUGAAUAGCAAUAAUUUGACUGAUGUCAUAAGGUGGGGCCUAGAAACGCCUAGCGGUGUGGCAGUGGACUGGAUUCAUGACUUACUAUUUUGGACGGACUCUGGUACACGACGGGUGGAAGUGACCAAUUUGGACGGUUCUCAGAGAGCUGUUAUAGCUGCUAAUGAUCUGGAUAAACCAAGAGCUAUUGCAGUGCACCCCGGAGACGCUUUAGUGUUCUGGACUGACUGGGGCCCCAAUCCUAAGAUAGAACGUGCGGAUAUGGAUGGCAGCAGAAGAAGGAGUAUCAUUGUGGACCGAAUCUUCUGGCCAAACGGUUUGACCAUCGAUUACACUGAGUCAAAGAUAUACUGGGCUGACGUGAAACACCAUGUCAUUGAGAAAGCUUCGUUUGAUGGUAGGAAUCGGAAGAAGGUAACGAAUAAAGGUCUGCCACAUCCGUAUGCACUGACUCUGUUCGAGGAUGCCGUGUACUGGACGGAUUGGCACACUAAAAGUAUCUCGACUGUAAACAAGAACACUGGAAUGGGGAUACAAACUGUGCAUGCUGGACUUAAUAUCCCUAUGGAUAUUCAUAGUUACCACCCGCUGAGACAGAUACGAACGUACAAGAACCGGUGCGGUAACAACAAUGGCGGUUGUUCCCAUUUCUGCUUGCCGAACAGUAAUGACCAUACCUGCCGAUGUCCUGUUGGAUUCAAUCUUAACUCUGAUGGCCGCAUAUGUGAACAAACCCCAGAAAAGUUGCUUCUUUAUGCCCGCAAAAAGGAUAUAAGGCUGAAACAACUUAAUCCACGAAAACAAACUGAUUCCUUGGACAUGGUAAUUCCUCUGGAAACGAUCAAAUCGGCAGUAGCCUUAGACUGGGAUCACAACACCAACUCAAUAUUCUGGACCGAUGUGGACAAGGACACCAUCAACCAUGCUUAUUUAAACGGAACGCAACAGAGUGUUAUCGUAGGAACCAACCUAAUCUGGCCAGCCGGUUUAGCGUAUGAUUGGUUAACUAACAAGCUGUAUUGGACUGACGCUGGCACCAACAGAAUUGAGGUGGCAAAUGUUGAUGGAAGCAUGAGGACCUUGCUGGCUUGGGAUAAUAUCGAGAGGCCGAGAGACAUCGUCGUGGAUCCGAAAGGUGGCGUCAUGUACUGGUCAGAUUGGGGCACCUCCCCCUGUAUCGAACGCGCUGACAUGGAUGGUGGGAACCGACGGCGACUGAUAUACGGCAACAUGACUUGGCCUAAUGGACUAGCUCUCGACCUCGUACACAGCCGCAUCUACUGGACCGAUGGCGGAAAUCAGACUAUUGAAUACGCUAACCUGGAUGGCUCUGGAAGAACUAUUUUGAUAGGACAAGAUUUACGUCACCCCUUUGGGCUUGAUCUCUUUGGUGACGAAGUGUUCUGGACCGAUUGGGACACCCAGUCCAUUCAAGCUGCCAACAAGUACACAGGCAAGAACAGACGGACGCUCGGCGCUGGUGUGGCCGGCCUUAUGGAUGUCCGUGUGUUCCACAAGGAACGACAAACUGGAGUCAACCGAUGCCUCAAGAAUAACGGCGGAUGUUCACACCUUUGCUUACUGAAGCCAAUGGGCAGAUCAUGUGCUUGCCCUAUAGGAAUCAAGAUUGGCAAGGAUGGCAAGACUUGUGCAAAUGGACCCGUGAACUACUUGAUAUUUGCUCACCGAGUCGACAUUCGUGUUGUAUCCUUGGACGUACCUUACCUGAUAGAUGUACCUCUGCCGCUUCCUAUACUGAAGAAUGCAUUUGGUGUUGAUGUCGAUCACAAAACAAGUCUUAUUUACUGGACUGAUACUGGUGAAAGGAAAAUCCAACGCGCUAAUAGGGCUGGUCAGGACAUCGAAACUAUUAUUGGAAAAGGUUUGCAUACAGUUGACGGAAUCGUGAUUGACUCUACCGGUCGCAAGAUCUACUGGACCGACGGUGGACGAAACAGCGUCGAAGUAGCUGAACUUGAUGGCACCAACAGAAAAGUUCUUGUAUGGACUGGACUGGACUCUCCUCGCGCUAUCGCAUUGCAUUACGAGUACGGAUACAUGUUCUGGUCGGAUUGGGGAACAUCUGCCAAGAUUGAACGAGCCGACAUGGAUGGAAAUAACAGGCGAGUAAUCGUCGAGAGCAAUAUCAAGUGGCCAAAUGGUCUGGCCAUCGACAAAACCGAGGGUCGUUUAUACUGGAAUGACGCAAAGGUUCUGUCUAUAGAGAGUUCUGAUUUUAACGGAAACGAUCGGCGAACCAUUUUGAGCAAUGUCCCGUACCCUUACGGAAUAGUGAUUGUUGGACAACACGUUUAUUGGACGGACUGGAGAACUCAAGCCCUGCAUAGAGCUGACAAGAACAAUGGCAAGAAUUCUAUAAUUAUUAGGAAGAAUCUGGAGGGACUGAUGGAUAUACGGGCAGUUCAGGGAGAACGUGAACUUGAAAACGCUUGUGGAACGAAUAAUGGCGGCUGUUCUCAUCUCUGCCUUCGAUCCCCACAAGGUUACUCGUGUGCUUGUCCAACCGGCCUACUAUUCAACUCUAGUGACCCGAACCCUAAGACUUGCAGGAAGUAUCCUGAAAACUUCUUGUUCUUCGCAACGAAGACUAGUAUUGCUCUGAUAUCGUUUGACACUCCUGAACAGUGGGAUGUGGCUUUCCCUAUCAAGGUACAGAAUGCUGUCGCUGUUGACUUCCAUUGGGACCGCAAGCUUCUGUUCUACACUGAUGUCGAUAUGGAUGUUAUCAGGUCGAUUAACAUGUUGAACAUGAGCGAUACGAAAGAUGUCAUCAAAGGUAACAUGGGUAUUCCUAACGGUUUGGGCGUGGAUUGGAUCGCGAACAACAUUUAUUGGACUGACAAUGAAUACAAGGUUAUUGAAGUAGCGCGGUUAGAUGGGACUUCAAGAAAAACAUUACUCAGUAAUCUCAGUGAACCAAGAGCACUAGCACUGUUUCCUGCUAAAGGGUACCUUUAUUGGAGCGAUUGGGGUCAAACGCCAUGUAUCGAACGAGCUUUCUUGGAUGGCAGUCACAGGAAAAUAAUUGUCAUCCAAGAUGUUGGCUUCCCCAACGGAAUAACUAUUGACUACAAAGACCGCCGGCUUUAUUGGACAGACGCUUUGAGACAUAGGAUUGAUACGUCUGACUUGAACGGCCAACACAGGGUCCAGCUGAUUCCAGAAGCCAAGAAUCCUUUCGGAAUGACACAGUUCAACGACUACAUCUACUGGACGGAUUGGUACAAGAAAGCGGUGAUGAGGGCUGACAAGAAGACGGGGAAGAAUGUGACUGCGCUGAGAACUGAUUUGGAAAUGACGAUGGAAAUAAAAGCGGUGUCGUCUGACAAGCAACACGGCUGGAACCCGUGCAGGGAAGACAACGGAGGAUGUUCUCAUUUGUGCUUCUUUAGGGAGCAUGACUACAUCUGUGCCUGCCCAGAGGAUGCUGAUCAUCGGCCAUGUUCCACAGUGCCGAAGAACCGCAUAGACAACAAGAUGCCAGCGCACUACCCAUCUUUCUACGACUACACGGACAUACAGGAAGAGAACGGCCUGCCUCCUCCUCCAACUGCCAUCCCUGACGCCAGCACUGGAGCCAUCAUCAUCAUGGUCUCCGUCAUGACCUGCAUCUUACUCGGAAUUCUUGUCGUCGCAUUCGUUUGCGUUAAAAUGAACCGAAAUCACGGUGGGGACUUGAAGGAGAACUACCGUGAUUCAGGCGGACACAUAUCGUUCCACAAUCCCAACUACAGCUGCAAUACUGGCGCUGGCAGCGCCAAUGCUGAACCACUGGAGCGUCGCACUAACCGCUUCCAAGGCAUAUUCAAAUACGACAAGAAUCAGGAGCGAGUCACCAACGUGUACAUCCCGGAGGGCACCAGCCUCCUGCCGCCGGCACCGGCCCCGCCGCUGCGAGCCGCGCCCUCCCGGCCCGCCACGCACGACGACUUCGAGCCCGUGACGCUGCACUCCUACGCCUGAACUGAUGCAAGCUACAACCGGACACCACGCCCUAAAGCGCCGCCCUUCUAGCUAGUACAACAAAUGCUAACGAUGGUGAAUGCGAACGGUCAACGGGGCCGCGGUUCUAAACAGAACGAAACUGUAGAGCCGUUUUCUAAGAACACACCUCAGACAGUACGAAGUCCGCAUCAAAUGUGGAUUACGUCAGGUGAACUUAAAAAAAGGCUCUCCCGAUAGCCAGUACGAGAAGAAGCGUCUGCCCGCGUGCCUCCGGUCGUAAGUAAGUAUGGAAAUUAUACACGUUACACGUAAUUCUUAGGUGCGUCGACAUCAAUUAUAUCGCGGGGUUUUCCCGUUGAACAAUGCCUCCAAUUUACGUUCUUCCACGUGAGAAUCCUGCGCUGUAAAUAUUGUGGCUGCCAGUAUUAGAGAGCUAGAACAGUGUUUCUAUAAAAUGGUUACUUGGUGGUAUUUAGAUUUUACAUAAUGCGUUUUUUGAUCAAACACAGUUUGUAAAAGGACAGUUAUAACCCGUCGUGGUUCUGCAUCAUGGACGUUAAACCAAAACUAUGAACAUUAAUGAAUAUGAAAACGAGAAACAUUUGAAGUGUGGAAGAGAUUAUAAAAUCAAUAUGAUUUUACAUACAUUAUGCAGAUAUUCGUCAAUUGCAUUUAAAAUGAAAAUGAUUCACGUAGGUAUUAUAAGAUCACUAUGUAAGCCAAGUAUUAGGAUCAAACUAACGGUUAAUAUACGUAUCUAUAUCUAGAUUAGAUUAUAGGUACUAGAUGGUAUGUGUGUAAAGUAAUAAAACUUCAUGUCCACAAAAUUGCCAUCGUUCGAUACCUGUGUCAAAAUUAUUCCGUCAGAUCUAUCAUACGAGUGUCAUUAAUACGAACUUCAUAAUACAAUAUUUAUAUGAAAUAUGAUUAUUGUUAUAGUUGAUAGGGAUAGGAAAAAUUGUUUAGAUGCAUAGCGAGUCUGGACGAUUUCUUGUCACGUGUAAAUAGGUGUAUUUAUUUGUAAGGAAUAGAGGCCGGAUUAUAGGACAAGGGUUACCAGCUAUUAAAUAACAAACGCUUUAAUGGAAUAAAAUCUUGCGACAAUGCACCUGCAUUAUUUGAUUACACAAACUAACUAUUCUGGUAGCUAUAUUUGUCGUAUAAUCUGAUCUUUAAAUUAAACUAAAGGGAUAAUCUCUUUGUUAAUGAAUCGUAAAUUUAACCCAAAGGGUGAAUGGUUUGACAACUCCGAUAGCACGCUGCCGGACUAAGACCGCCCUCGACAAUACUUGUUACCUUUACCAAAAGGGUGAGUGCUGGGGCGUCCUACUUACGUUACAAUUUAAUUUCGGCGUGAUAUCGAAGUGUUAAAGUAAGACAUAAUAAAUUCAUCAAUAUUUAUUAUUUUUGUACGAGUCGGCUGUCGCUCAUUCCCCGCGGCUCACGGGGAAGAACGAAAGUGACUUUUAUACUAUAGAACAAAGUUAUAUCUAGUUAUACGUUAAGAUAACUGUACAGAGGUUUGGGAUCACGAACGUGCCGUGUUGCUUGGAAACGAUGCGUUGGACUUAAUGUAUAAUGUAUUCAGUAUGAUUUUUAUUAAUUUUAAAGAUAAUAAUAUUUUAAGGUGCGUAGAGCAGCGUCUAUGAGCAACACGAUGCGACCGAAAGUUUCUUUAAAACAAGGGACAUACUCCGGAGUGGAAUCCCGACCUCACUAAGAUGUGGUGUAGUUAGCAGUUUGUACUAAAUAAAUACGUAGCUAUUACAACAUGGUAUACAUUUAUACUAUCAAAUGUCAUAGUUUCACUGAAUAUAAUAUAAAAACCGUUAUUUUCUUAUUACUUUCGAAAACAAUCCGAUUUUAGAAUUAAUUCACCAACUUUAUUAUGGUGACAAUAAAAUAUCAGUGUAAAUAGUUAGUUUUAAUUACCAAUUAUUUUUUCAGCCAAAAUUGAUAUUGUAAAUAAUAGUUUAUUUAUACUUUGUACGAUAUAUAUUAAAUGAAGCCGAUUUAUUUUGAACGAACGCCACACGCACGUAGCAGGUUCGUCUCAUAUCAGAGUUAUUCAUUUAGUCUCUAAUUAGAAUUAAUAUUAAUGGCUUUGAAAUUACUCUCUGAUCAUCUGACAUCAAUAAUAACGAAACUUGAAGGGCGCUGUGACUGACGGAUUUUGUAAGAACAUUCUUUUGUUUUGUUACGUGACAGCCGAAGGUGACAUAAACAAGAAAAAGGUAUUAAAGUUUCACAGGGUGUUUUAAUUAAGGUAGAAUUAGGACGGACGUCAUCGGACACUGAUCCGGAAAAAGAAUUCUUGAAAUAUGUUUUUUUAAGUACAUUCAUUUAAUUAUCGUACGACAUAAAGAAAAACAUAAAACUAUUUUUAUGGCCAAUUUGGGAAGAAGUUUAUUUGGACAUAAACGGCGCUAAAGUUUGAAUCUUUUUGACCUUUUCUUACUCAUUGUAAAAGGUCAGAAUCGAUUUAAACCUUAGAGUGACGUUUACACAGCAUUGUGGCAACACCGACAGUUUUAAAUACCAAACGAAAGUUCCUUUUCUGUACCACUACUUAUUGAAUUUGUAUUGUAUAAAAGACUAAACAGUAACAAUUAUGUAUAGUAUAUUUAUUUAUAUUAUAAAUAUAUAUUAGAACUCGUAUGUAUUUAUAUGUUGAUAUAAAAAAAUAAAUAAAUGUCCAUGAAAUCCAUCUGACUUUUCGGAUCACACAAAUACAAAUAAUAAUAUUUUACUAGCAAAGCGUAUUCAACUUUCUCAUGGGUACUAAUUGUUUUUUUAUUGGGGAUAUUGUGAAACAAUCCGGCCUGUUUCGAGUUACUAAAUUUCUUUGAAAUCCUAUAUUUAUACAAACUUUUUUGUAAUUCUUUCACACCUCUUUUGUAUUGUAUAGGUAAAGCUCACAUGCAAUGUUUUUUAGUUUGGAUAGACCUUGCGUUGUAUACGCCUCUCGUAUAACAAAUAACCAGUACCUGUACUAUGAGUGCUCAGAGCAAGACUUCGUAUUGUGGAAGCGAGACGUACUGCACUGCGUGUAAUGGUGUCUCGCUUUCGCUAAGGCAAUAGUCCUGAGUUAAAAGCUCAUAGUAGCUAAGUGGGUUAAGGCACUUUGAAAAAGUACACUUAAUACGACGCAAUACUUACAAGUGUGUUUUAACAACUAAUAUGAGUUAUGUCUAGAUGGAGACGAAAAUCCAUUUCAAUAAAAUGAAAGAGGCUUGGAAGAACGGUUGCAGAUCCAUUACUGUUUUAUAUUAAUUCUAAGAAAUAUUUUAUGUAAUUGUUUUGUUACAUAGCUUGUAAGGGAUGGGAAACUAAUAUAGUGAGUGCUGUGAUACCGGAUGCUUUGAGAGUCGUAGUGUGGGUAAUCAGCGAUGGCGGUUAUUAUAUUUACAUAUAUAAUUAUCCAAGUUUAUUUUGACGAUCCUAAUAUUAUUGUUUACGUUGUCAUGGUAACAUAUGGAACGCGGACACAGACACAAAGUGUCAAUAAACUCCAUAAGCAAACUAAAUACAUUUUAAGGGUAUUAACUAAAAUUUAAAAGUGCUAUGUGUGCCAAAUUUAAAAUUUUCAA